CCGGGUGAUAUAGCUUGUUGCACCCGGCUGUCAAAAGCAGGAAGUAUACGGAAUAUGCUACCUCCACAGUGUUAUCAUUGUUUAAACUUUCAAUCUUAUGUUUGCAAUUUAUUAUCGUGCGUAUAUUAAUGUCUCAUGCUUUCACACACUAUAAGGCGCACGGCAUGCUAACCAGGUUCUUGGAGGUGCAGACAACGAUCCCAAGUCACACUAAUGCUGAUUGUCAGUCCAAGAAUGGCUGCAGUAACGCAAGAGAAACAAUACACUCCUUCUCUUCUUAGCUUUUUCGUAUAUAAUCCUUCGUUUGGACCACGGGAAGGAGAGGAAGAGAAGAAGAUCCUGUUCUAUCACCCAAGUGAGGUGGAGAAGAACGAGAAGAUCCGAAAUGUGGGCCUCUGUGAGGCCAUUGUACAGUUCACCAGAACCUUCUGUCCCACAAAGCCAGCUAAAUCCCUGCAUACUCAGAAAAACCGCCAGUUCUUCUUUGAGGCCGAAGACAGCUACUGGAUUGUUAUGAUUGUGAAGAACCCGAUGGUAGAAAAACCCAACAAAGACGGAAAACCUCCCACAAUAGAAUACCAAGAAGAAGAGGUUCUCGACACGGUUUAUGGUGCAGUGUUGAGGCAAUGCUACAGCAUGUACAAGCUAUUUAACGGCACCUUUGGCAGAGCCAUGGAGGCAGGAGGGGUUGAGCUGCUAAUCCCCAAACUGGAGAAGUUCUUCUACAGGUAUCUGCAGACGCUCCACCUGCAGUCAUGUGACCUACUUGAUGUGUUUGGCGGCAUCAGCUUCUUCCCACUGGACAAGAUGACCUACCUGAAGAUCCAGUCCUUUGUCAACCGGGUGGAGGAGAACCUCCGCCUGGUCAAAUACACCGCCUUCCUCUACAAUGACCAGCUCAUCUGGAGUGGACUAGAACAGGACGACAUGAGGAUCUUGUACAAGUAUCUCACCACAUCCCUGUUCCCCAGGCAUUCUGAACCAGAGCUUGCCGGCAGGGACUCUGCUCUCAGGCCAGAGGUCUCAGGGAACCUGCUGCACUAUGGACGGUUCCUUACGGGUCCCGCCAACCUCAAGGAUCCAGACGCAAAAUUCCGGUUCCCCAGAAUAUUUGUCCACACGGAGGACGGCUCGGAGGAGCUGCAUCUGAUUGUUUACAAGGCGAUGAGCGCGGCUGUUUGUUUCAUGAUCAGUGCUUCGGUGGAGCUGACCCGGGAGUUCUGCGAGCGGCUGGACGCGCUGGUGGGACCACAGCUCACCCUGCUGGCGUCAGACAUCUGCGAGCAGUUCACCCUCAACCGCCGGAUAUCAGGGCCAGACAAGGAGCCACAGUUCAAGUUCAUCUACUUCAACCACAUGAACCUGGCGGAGAAGAGCACCAUCCACAUGAGGAAGACGGCCAGCGUGUCCCUCACCUCCGUGCACCCCGACCUCAUGAAGAUCCUGGGGGACAUCAACUGUGACUUCGCCAGAGUGGACGAGGAUGAAGAGGUCAUUGUCAAAGCCAUGACUGACUACUGGGUAGUGGGGAAGAAAUCAGACCAGAGAGAGCUAUACGUCAUCCUCAAUCAGAAAAACGCAAAUCUGAUCGAGGUCAAUGAGGAAGUUAAGAGGCUUUGUGCAACACAGUUCAACAAUAUAUUCUUCCUGGACUGAAGGGAGGGAUUAUGAAGAUGAAUUCAGGAUGCAAUGGAGAGCAGGUGUUUGGGACAGAUGCAGAGAGCUGUGUCCAUGGAGAGACUGGACCUAUCUUUCUGAACUACAGGUGCAGGGUAAUACAAUAACUGUUGAAGAAAAAGAAAAAAAGUUUUCAAACAAUUAUUUCUUUUGUCCAGGAUUUGUAUUGAACUUAUACAACGAGAUUUUUUUCUUUUUGUAAUUUAAGUGUACAUGUCCUUUAAUUAUUUUUUCCCCAUUUACUUUCUUUGUACAUAUGUGUUCCUGCAUCCAAGCUGCAAAUGUUCAUUUUGAUUUCUUAUGAAUGAACUAAUGGGUUAAAUCCGAUUUCUAUGUACUUUUAUCAGGCAAAAUGUAUUUAAAAAUAAGAGGCGCACAAAACGUGUUUCCUCUAGAUCCAUUGAUGAUUUUUGUAUAGUUUUAAAUAAAAUGGCAUGUCAAAAGAUAUCGUGCUUUGUAUAAAGCUGCCCUAACUUUAAAUAAAUUAUGGAAUUUAGAAUUUUA